AUGAAUAUGAUGAUAAUGUUGAGAGUAGUAGUAAAAUAAUAGAAGAAGAUAAAGGUUGUUGUAGUGGUCAUAUCAGCAGAUUUGCAAAAUUGGACCUUAAAAAUAUAUCUCAAAUAAAUUUAUAUUAUUAUUAUUUGAUUG